AUUACCCGCACACCCGGACCAGCUCUAAGACAGGCAAGAUGAUGCGAGCAGCAGUUCUAUGUUUGGUGGUGGCUCUAGUGCAGGCAGGGACCGACACCGAAACAGACAAAUGCGAGGAUAGUCACGACAUCUAUCCAGCGGAUGACUGGGCAAACUGGGCACACAAGCUCCAUAGUCUUGCAGAAUGUGGGAAGACCAUAGCAGAUGAUCUCGACACUCUGCGUGGUGAAAUAGCGAGUGGAGGUGAUUGGGACCGAACCAGGGAGAGACUAGAUGAGAUUGUUGAGAAGACUUCUAAGGUAAUAUUCCACGGACGCCUGCUGUAUGGACCGUUGCUCACAAUGCCGGUUCGCUUCCGCUAUACGUAUUGUGGAGAACUGGCCAAGCUUUCUGAGGAAAAAGGUUCAGAGGCAACCGUAGCAGAGCGCCAUACUGCAAUCCUAGCUGACGCCGACUGUUUCUCUUUUUUCGUGAAAGGGGCCUUCACCUUAAAAUGGUUGGAUCCGAAAUACGACAAGAGCCAGCAUAACCGGUUGUUUAUGGUUGCUGUGAGGUAUCUCGUGAGACUUAUGCAUAAAGGCCAUGAGUUCCACAGGGUCCUGUCCGGGCUCACGGGCGGAACGGGCGGAAUGGUUCGGAAGUCUACAGACACUGGCGACCACACCGAUGCGGUUUCGGUCGACUUGAAAAACAACAUUCUUGAGAGACUGAUCAAAGCGCUGAAGUCCAAACCCUGAACCUAUCUGCAUAAUUCUACUAGCUUUUAGCGUAGAUCACAUCAUUACACCUGACUAUUGUGUUUUCUCUGUCUUUCUACAAAGCUUAUCAAUCAUAAGGGGUAGCCUAGUGGUCAAAGCGUUCGCUCGUCACGCCGAAGACCCGGGUUCGAUUCCCCACAUGGGUACAACGCGUGAAGCCC